AUGGGCGGCGCCAAGAGGGAGUUCACGGCCAAGGAGAAGCUCUGGAUCGGCAUGGGCAUGACCUUCGGGUUCAUGCUCGUCGAGGCGAUCGGCGGCUUCUACGCGCGGUCCCUGGCCAUGCUCGGCGACGCGGCGCACAUGCUCACGGACGCGGCGAGCUUCGGCGUGUCGCUGGCGGCCAUCUACCUGAGCGAGCGCGGGCCGACGAAGAACUACACCUUCGGCCUCGCGCGCGUCGAGGUGCUCGCCGCGCUCGCGUCGACCAUGGGCAUCUGGUUGGUCACGGGCGCCUUGGUCUGGGAGGCCGUGCUGCGCAUCGACGAGUUCUACGCGGGCACGGCGGCGCCCGUCGACGGCAAGCUCAUGGUCGUCCUGGGCCUCUUCGGCGUCGCGCUCGGCGCCGAGGCGCCGCCCCCGAAGAAGGAGAAGCGGAACAUGAACCUCGACGCCGCGUACCUGCACGUGCUCGGCGACCUGCUCCAGUCGCUCGGCGUCGUCGUCGCGGGGCUGCUGAUUUGGGCGCACCCGGACUGGCAGAUCGCGGACCCGGUCGUCACGCUCGUCUUCGCCGUCGUCGUGCUCUACACGACGGCGGGCUUCACGAUCCAGACCGUGACCGUGCUCCUCCAGGGCGCGCCGGACUCCGUCGACUGCGUCGCGCUCACGCGCGCGCUCAACGGCCUCGACGGCGUCGCCGACUGCCACGACGUCCACGUCUGGGAGCUCACCGCGGGCAAGCCCAUCCUCUCCUGCCACAUGAUCUGCGCCGAGGGCACGCGCGACCCGGACGCCGUCCUCAAGGCCGCGCAGGCGCUCUGCGCGUCCCACGGCAUCGACCACGCGACGAUCCAGAUCCAGACGGGCGGCGACUGCCUCUCGACGACGUGCUGCGCGUCCUACAUCCCGCCCGCGGGCGUCGAGCUCGUCUAG